UAAUUUUUUGUGGAUUCCUAAGCCAAGAAAUUCCCAUAAAAAAUGUGGUUCGAAGUCUUACCAUCGGCUGUCAUCAUCACUGUGGCCUUGUCUGUGCCCACAUAUGCCAUGUAUGGCCUGCAAAAGCUUGUCCUGGGCAAUGCCUACCGCCGCAACUUGGACGCCCGCUUCGAUCGUGUUAUGUAUUUGCGCGACAGACGACUAACCGACAAUCCCUACAAUAUGAAUGGCUUGGAACAAAUUCCUGAUCAAUAAAUUAGCUCUAAGCUU